GAAUAACAAAUUUCACUCAGAUGUUUGGUCUAACACCUUUUUGUACACCGAACAAAUACUUUGUACGUUGUUCACUGAAUAUGAUGAUAAAUGAUGCGAAGGAAACUAAGCUGGCUUGUGCGUAAUUAUUACUGCGAUAAAACGUGUUUUAAGCAAUUCGUGAAGUAGAGUAGGGUAAUUCGGAACGUAGAAUGAUUUUAAAAGGGGGGCUACAGGGUGCGCACGCGUGCGCGCGACCCGCCAUUGUGUGUUUUGGCGCGGAGUCCCAGCCAGUGCAGUCAGAGGUGGAGGGCAUCGUCCGAGCCGCGGUCCUGCAGAGAGCACAUUAGAGAGGGUUACACCAGGGUUCGAACCUUUUCUUAUCGGGAUCCCACGCUUCUGUUGAUUCCAGUCUACACUCAACAUGGGGAAGAAGACCCAGCAGCGUCAGUCAUCAGACGAGGAAGAAUAUGUUGUUGAGAAAAUCCUGGAUCGGAGAGUGGUGAAGGGUCGCAUAGAGUAUUUUCUCAAGUGGAAGGGUUUUUCAGAUAAAGACAACACUUGGGAGCCGGAGGAGAACCUAGACUGUCCAGAACUCAUUUCAGAGUUCAUGAAGACCUACAAAAAAGUCAGCAGCAAAGAUGAAGUUACCAGAAGUGAGGGUGCUCACCUAAAGAGUGUUGCACCUUCGGGGGGCACAUCCAAGGAAAUGUAUAGCCCCAAAAGGAAAGAAUCCAUUACGCAUGAAGAGGACAGGAAACCUAAAAAAAAGAAGAAAGAGGAUGAAGUUUUGGUUGCACGAGGCUUUGACAUGGGCCUGGAGCCAGAAAAAAUCAUCGGUGCCACAGACUCUUGUGGAGACCUUAUGUUUCUGAUGAAGUGGAAGAACUCGGAUGAGGCGGAUCUAGUGCUGGCAAGGGAGGCGAAUAAAAAGUGUCCGCAGAUUGUUAUUGCCUUCUACGAGGAGCGCCUUACUUGGUAUGAGGACGGCGACAAAAGGGAGAAGGAUGCACUAGGUGUGUGAGGUGCAGUGUAAGCACCAAAGACAGAAGAAGGGCUCAGACUGAUGGAAAUGGAGAGAACAUUCUUCAAGUAGGGCUUCAGCAGAGACUAGCAACAUUUCUUUCUUCGUGCAAGUGAGUGUAAACAAACCAGCAGUGGACGCUGUCCUUUUUUAACCCUUCUGUAAUUAAAAAAAAAAAAAUAUAAAAUGAAGAGCACAAACUUUAUUGUAUGAAAACAGGGCUUUUAUUUUGGAUUCAGUGUAUUUUUGACAUUUUGAUGACCUUUAACAUUUAAAUAGCUUUUUUUAGUGGAUGUCACACACUAUUUGUGCUUCACAUGAGUUACUGAUCAUUUAUUUUUGGUAAACUGGCCAUGUGGACACUUUGAAAAGAGCUCUGCUGUUCAAAAUGUCUCUGUCCUUUUCAGUGGUAAACCAUAGGUGGAGUUAUUCAGGUUAUUGGGAAAUGUACACUUACCAGUGUUGUCCCAGAUAGUUUUUCGUUAUAAUCUCUUCCACUUAACAUUGUAUGUAUUACAUUUUGCAUUGUUUCUUUAAAGUCUUCUGUUUGUCCUGGAUUUAUUUCCUAAUGUACAAAAAAACCUUUUAAUGUAUGUCACUGGACAGUGAUCUGUGAGGAGUAUUAAGACCACAGU